AUGAAAUCUGGGAUCAUUCUUCUGCUAGUUUUCUUCCUCUUUGUGGGGGUCGAUUCAAAAAAGACUUCUCUUAAACGUAGUGAUUUUCCUGAGGAUUUCUUAUUUGGAGCUGCUACUUCUGCUUACCAGGUAGAGGGCGCAGCAAAGGAAGGAGGUAGAACCCCUAGCAUAUGGGACACCUUCGUUCGACAGAAAAAUAAGAUAAGUAACUCUAGCACUGGAGAUGUUGCUGCCGAUUCAUACCACCAUUACAAGGAGGAUGUGGAAUUAAUGAAGGACAUAGGGUUUAACGCAUAUAGAUUCUCUGUCUCCUGGAACAGGAUACUACCUGGGGGAAACCUCAAGGGAGGAGUGAACAAAGAAGGCAUCGCAUAUUACAAUAAUCUUAUCAAUGAAAUUAAGGCAAAGGGUUUGGAACCCCUUGCAACUCUAUUCCAUUGGGAUCUUCCUCAAUCCCUUGAAGAUGAAUAUGGCGGAUUUCUGAGCUCCAACGUCGUGAAUGAUUUUAAGGACUAUGCAGAAGUGUGCUUCAAAGAGUUUGGGGACAGAGUGAAGAUGUGGGCAACUAUAAAUGAGCCACUCACCUAUAGCACACAAGGCUAUGAGCAUGGCCUGUUUGCCCCAGGAAGAUGCUCAAGCUGGCUCAAGAAAUGCACUGCAGGCAACUCAAGCACUGAACCCUACAUCGUCUCUCACAAUCUCAUUCUCGCUCACGCCGCCGCAGCCUCCCUCUACAAAAACAAGUACCAGAGUUCACAAAAAGGGAAGAUUGGCAUAGUACUGAACGCUGGAUGGCAAGUCCCAAUAUCUGAUUCUCAGAAAGACAAAGAUGCGGCAUCAAGGGCCAUCGAUUUCACCUAUGGCUGGUACUUGGAGCCUCUAAAGUCAGGAUCAUACCCGGAAGAAAUGGUGAAGAGAGUUGGGAAGAGAUUGCCAAAAUUCUCAGAGAAGGAAUCAAAAAUGGUGAAAGGUUCAUAUGACUUCCUAGGAGUGAACUAUUACAGCUCCAGUUAUGCUGCCGAUGCUCCUUGCUCCAACGUUAAUCACACUGCUUUCUCUGAUGCUUGUGUUUCUGUCACAAGCGAGAAAAAUGGAGUCCCCAUCGGUCCAGUGGCAGCUUCAAGUUGGCUAUACAUAUAUCCUGAAGGACUUCAUGAGCUUCUGGUUUAUACCAAGAAAAAGUUCAACAAUCCUGUGAUUUAUGUAACGGAAAAUGGAGUCGAUGAAGCUAACACCGGCAAGAUGGACCUGAAUGACAAACUAAGAAUAGAUUAUAUCAAGGGCCAUCUUGCUCAAGUCCAGAAAGCCAUCAAGGAUGGAGUGAACGUAAAGGGAUAUUUUGAAUGGGCAUUAUUAGACAACUUUGAAUGGGCGGAUGGAUACAGUGUUCGAUUUGGAAUGGUUUAUGUUGAUUUUGAGGAUAAAUCCCUUAAGAGGACCCCAAAGAAAUCUGCUCAUUGGUUCAAAAAAUUCCUCCAGAACCAUGAAGAAGGACGGGACAAACAAUAA